GAAUUUGAAAUCCAAAAAAGACGACGCAACAGACGCGACCGACAAAUACACACAUGGGCGGCUACUUCUCGUCCUUCUUCAAGGGCCUUCUAGGGACGAAAGAGAUUAGGGAUUUGAUGCACGUACGAUUGUCGGUAGUGUCGAUCCAAAAGAUGCAGCUGCGCGAUUCCUUGAAAUGACGAAUGCUGGGUCUGGUGUUGGGAUCUUCACCUAUGCCAUUACAGGCGACGGCGUGAUGCAUUUCACACAGACUGGACCGCGUUUCGCCAUCAACCAUCUAUCAAAGCAUGCAAUGCACUCAAAUGCAGCUACAGAGGUGGUGUAUUCUGUUGAAUUCUUCUUCUUACAAAAAGAAGAGAGUGCCGCCAACGCGCAAGAACAUGCCUACCACCAGUCAUCGAGCCAGGAAGACGAAGAUGGGUCUGCAGUCAUGCCACAGACAAUCGUCAAGGAUGAAUCACUUGUUCUACACAUUCGUCAAGGAACAGCCAAUAUCCAGUCGAUGGGUGAGAACGAUGUCAUGAACAGCCUCUCAAAACGCAAGCACAGCAAAACACUCGCGGAAACACUCAAACUGCCGUCCAAAAAGAAGCGUGAAGAAGCGCGUCAGGAAAGAAUCAAUGAAGCACUCAACAAGAAUGGCCAGGUACGGCCAGGUUCAAGUCACAAGCAUGAAGUCUCUGACUUUACCUUGGUGAUUGACAACUCUAGCGGCACGUUCAUGCCUGAUGCAGCCAAACUUCCCGACCUAAAGCGGUUCCUGGAGCACAAUUUCGAGGGGUUGCAUAUUGAUGCAUUGGCGCAAGAUGACGAUCGCCUCAAGGAGCUGAAGGAGAAGCGGAGCAAGAAGGAUGACGGCAUGGGCAAUCUGCGAUUACGACAAGCAAGCUCAUUCACUUCAAGUUCGCGAAGCUCCUCAUUUUCAGUCGGGGGGCAAGGCAGAGAACGGGCUGUUGAUAAACUAGCUGGACGGCACACGGAGUCAAACGCUUAAUUUGUAUCAACAAUGCAUGUUGUUCAACACAUCCAGUGAUGAGAGCUGUUGAGGGCAUACUCAUCUGCAGCUGUAGAAGUCCCACCAUCUCUGCAUCUUCUACGACCACCUGGUAGUGUCAUCUCAAAAUAAAUUCAGGGGUAGGGCCUGGCCACGAGCGAUUCUUGCAGCUGCGCCAAACAUGAGCGCAAUGGUAAGCCGCGAAUGUUUGCAGAUAGCAUACAGAUAUCGCACUCCUUACGGUCUAGAACCAUGUCGUGGCUCGUGGCACUCGUCUGCCAAUGUACGCGGCAAAACUAAUGCCAUGCUCUUUUGGGAACUUCCACUCCUUUCCACAAACUUAAGCAGCCAAUUCGAUCAGUACCAGAGUUCAAGGUGUGUUCAAA